CAAAUGAGGACACUGACACAACUUUGUGACACCUGGCAAGAAUUCAAGCAAGAUAUUUCUUGUUAGAAACAGCUUCAUUCAGAGUAGAAUUUGUUCACUUUUUAAAGUUGUUUGUCAAAUGGCAGCGGAAGUUCAGUACGGUCGACGAAGAGGCUCCAGCAGGAGAGCUGACGAAGCCAAUAAAAUGAUCAAGCCUGCAGACCUGCAUCAAGUCACUGUCUUAAACAAGGCUGAGUGGCAGAGAAUUCAAGACCAACUGAACCAAGUGAAUAGAGAAAAGGAGAGUUUGAGAGAGGAAGCAAAGGAGAGAGAAAAGCUCUAUUUGCAUUCAAAGGAGGUGGUGAAGACAUGGACCAAUACCAUCGCUGGUCAAAGGCAAAAAAAGCUAGAGGCGAAAAAGAUUCGGGAGCAGAUUGAGGAGGAGAAAAGAAAACAACUCGAUAAAGAAGAGGCUGAAUACAAGGAGCAGAAGAGGAAAGAGGCCAUUGAAAAAGCAAAGACUCAGCUGUACUACCAAACAGACCGUGUUAAAGGACUACAUGGUGCACUUUUGUUGACAGAGGUGCUGAAGGAGAGGGAAGCUCAGAUUGAACUGAAGCAAAGAAUCCAGAGUGCCUCCAAAGAUGUGGAGAAACAUUACAUAGAUGUGGUGACGAUCAGAGAGGACGAGGCCAAAAGGAAGGACCAGGAGAAAGCACUCGAGAAAAAGCUUGAAAAACGGGCUGUUGCAGAGGACCUGAAAACCCAGAUCAAGGAAGUUAAGCAACUGAGAGAGCAGGAGAAGAAAGAGAACAAGAAGGAGGGAGAGGAAACCCAACAGCUUCAAGAGAUCUAUCAGUGGGAGCAAAGAAUGGAGGAAAAGAGACAGGAGGAGCAGAAGAGGGAGCUCAUGCAAGCUCACCUGGAGCAUCUCACCAAUAGGAAUCUUAUUAAAGCAGCCGAUGAACAAAAACGAGAAGCUGAAGAGCAGCAGAGGAAACUUUUUCUCUCUGCGAAACAAAAAAUGAUGAGGCUGCGAAAAGACAAAGAAAAGGAAUUGUUUAAUGAGGCCCAGUCACGCAGAGAAAGGAUCUUGGACAAACUGACGGUGAAACAGCAGGAGCAAACUGUGGAUGAAGAGCAGAAGAUUGCAAAGGCUGUCGCUGAGCAGGAGGCGAGACAAGCACGACAGCAGUGGGAGGAGUACGAGAAGAAGGCUACGAUGCUGAAGUCAAUCGCUGAACACAGAGAACUCAUGAUGAAAGAAAAGGAGCAGGAGGAGAAGAAGGCAGAACAGGUCAACAAAGAUGCACUCCAGGCCAAGAAAGAAGCUGACAGAAUAUUUUCGGAGAAACAGCAACUCAAGGCUCAGAAAAUCAAAGACGACAGGAGAAAACUACAGGACUUCUAUGCAGGACAAAUGGCUGAAAAGGAAGAAAAACAUCUGCGGCUAAGAAAAGAGGAAUACGAGUAUGAAGUGAAGAAGGCCGAACUCAUCGCUGAAGAGGAAAACCAGUUUCAGCAGUAUUCCCGGCAGGUCAUCAACAAAGCGGCGGAGGCUCAGAGAAAUGUGUUCCCGCUUUGUAAAGCUGCAAAGGAAGGGAUCGGAGGAGGACUGGGGCCUGUUUUUAAUGGAGUCAGACCGAGCUACCUUGUUCAGGACUGCACUGGAGCUCAAAUGCCCAAAUAUGUGUCUGGUGUUACCCACAGUGUGAAAAAGCUCAAUGAAACUGUAGAUAUUCAAGAUGCUAAGAAGAGACUUGGCUUUACAUGGUGAGAGGUCUCUCACAGCUGGCAGUUUCCUAAAAUCC